AUGGACCGAUUCCUUAAGUCGGCCGCCGAAGACAACACCAAUACAGUCAAGCCCAACGGACGGUUGCGACAAACGCGAAUUGAGCAUGGCUCCAAGGUGGAAGUGGUCGAGGAGAUCAUGCAACUGUCCCAAGUGAUGAACACGAGCGAAGAACGCGAACUACCCCUCCUCCUCCGCGAACUUGAUGGACGGUUCAUCUCCCUGGAGCUGCUAGAACAAACGGACAUUGGGAAAGCCCUCGUGCAGUUGUAUCGGCGAACUGAAUCGGACACGACGCGCGAGCAAGCCAGGCAAAUGCUGCGCAAAUGGAAGCGCACAGCAGUGGAUGGCCUGCGAAGAAGGCACAAGCGGGUUGAAACCUUUGCCUUGGCGACGUCCUUUUUACACAUGGGCGCGGCCGUAUCGGACUACUUUACGACCCCCAUCGACAUCUCGGACGGAUACUUGGACGACGCUGAUCCAUUCGUGGUCAUCCACGACGCCUGUGCCAAAGGCAAACACCACACGGCCAGUCGGUACUUUAAGCUCGGCGGCGACCCCAACGAAAAGUGUUUUGAAGAGGACGAUGUAUAUGCGCGAGACGACACGCCCAUGAUCUGUGCUGCGCGAGGGUGUCCUGAAGCCGGCAUCCAUGGCGGCACCAAGAAGCACCUGUUGACACUGCAAAUCGUCCUGCUCUACGGCGGCGACGUGAAUGCUUUCAACAAACUGCAUCAAACGGCGUUGUACAUGUCGAUUGCGAGGGGACACUUGAACGUGGCGGUGUGGUUGAUUGAGAAUGGGGCUGACGUGAACAUCGCAGACUCGGUCGGCGUAUCCCCAUUGCUCGUGGCAGCACGCCUUGGCCGGGUCGACUUGGUGGCACUCCUCCUCGAGUGCAAAGCUACCAUUCAAGCCCCCGCUCGGCCGAAUACUUGCUGCGUCAAGUUUCCUUCCAUAGCCCAAGAACUCCACACGUUCCAAGGACCUGUGCAAACUCUACUCCUCCAAUCCUUGCCAUCGUUAGCGACGCCACCACCACAUCCAGUGGCCACAACAAUCCAGCCCCGCCACUCGGUCGCCGCCGUUGCGCUUGCGAGUGCACUCAAAGACCAACUACGCUCCCUUCCCCCACGAGCCCCCACGACUAUCGCCGUCACAACAACCGUGCCAUUCCGCGAUCCUCCUUUCUCAUCAGAAUCUACUUGGUCAAUUGUCAAACCCAAAGCAGUGUUGCCUGCACCUUUGCCGCCAUCAUCCACCACGCCGACGGCGUCCAACCCCCCCCCCAAAUAUCGAAGUGGUGGCAAAUGGGUCAAAAAGAGGGAAUGCUCCGGUCGGGUGCAUGUAGCCGAGUGGGAAUUUGUCAAAACGGACUUUGCUUCCGACGCCGAGCGUCAAGCCCAUGACACGAUGCAGCAAUGCCAAGACAUGUACCGCGUCAUUCAAAUGAAACAGGCGCGGGCCCCGGGGGGACAGCGCCGACAGAUCCACACGGCGCCGGACAGCCUCUCCAGGCGCGGGAUACGGGCGCAGCCCCGACCAUCGACCGUGCCCACGUGAUUCGAUGCAAUUUCGAGGCAUUAUUGUUAAGUGACGUGGUGUGUUGUCUUAUUCAAAAGUGCAAAAAACUUGCUACUAGAACGCAUACGAUGGCACGAUCUGAGCCAAGUCGGUGGCCGGCAAGACGUCGGACGCAGGCCGGGAGUACAUGAGAAGCGACCCAUCUCGCCCCGUCACAGCGAUGGACGUCGCGUGGAACACGAUGUGGGUCAGUGGAUGUGGCGCUACUUUGGCACAAAGCACGGGCGCCACGUCGUAGAGCUUGGCGUCGUCCUACGUUGUUAAUAUUGUUGGCCAUGCUUCUUCAAGGGAAAUCACCAACGCCAUGCAUAGUCAUCAAUCGAAAUCAACAUGAUGCAAGAG